AUGGCGCGCAGCACCAUAUCCUGUCGCCUGCUGCCUCGUGCGAGCCUGCAGCUCCGAGCGACCGAGCUGCUUGAAGAGAGGCCCCAGCACCAACGCCUCGUGCUGCAGAAGGAGAUCUCGCUCUCUCGAGGACACCUGCUGCGCCCGCUUGUAGAAAAGACCCCGCUGCAUGAAGAGGCUCAGCUGUGUGAAGACGGCGAGCAGCGUGACCAAGGCCUGCCUCAAGAGGACGUGCUACCCCAAGAGCUUCGUCAACAUGGUGAGCCGCCGCUGGCCGAAGAGGUCACGGAUAGUGAAGAGCGCUCGCAGAUCGAAGACGCCACGGUCGACGAAGAGAGUGAUGAGGGCUCGCAGCGUCAAGAGCGUCAGUCAACCAUCGGUCAGCGUGAUACCUCUGGCAAUACGCUGGACGACAUCAUUGUGAAUGGUGACUCAUUUGGUGAGAUAAUGCAGAAGCUAUGGGACUCGUGA